ACGGAAACGACUCGGGAAAAUUAGUGAUUGUGCUGUGCAAGAAAUGAAGUGAUGUACUCAGGCAAAAUGUUUGCAGCUUACAUCAAUUUGUGUGUUGCAAUACUCUGGACUGUUCAAGUGAAUUGUUACUAUGAAAAUCAACCGAAAAUUCUUACCAGCGAUGGACAUUUGAUCAUCGAAUCGGCUGUGGAUCGAAACAUCUCGAUAACGCUGAAGGGUAACGGUUUUCUCAACGUUGGUGAUCUGAGUCUGCGCAAGGUGAUACAGAGUCUUGGCAACGUAACCUCCGGAGGUACAGGAGACUCUCCGCUGCCGAACCUGCUGGACGGAUCGGCUGCCCAACUUCGGGAACUCAUCGGGCUGGUGAAGGGUCCUAACGGGCUGUUCAAAAGGGUUGCCGACCUAGAGAAUGGCACUUCAGCAGCUGGUGGAGGUCGUGAAAGGGUUCGCAUAUUCAACAUCAAUAGACGGUUGCAAACACUGGAAACCAAAGUGAAGAACAUUGCCAAUAAACUGAGGGAAAAUAAUUGUAAAACAAGUCCUUGUCAAAAUGGCGGAUCGUGCAUUAGUUUGUACGAUUCAUUUGUGUGUCAGUGUCCUAAAAAUUGGGAAGGACCGACCUGUGCAACCGAUGUUAACGAAUGCUCUGAGUUUGCCGGCACAGAUUUGGGAUGUCAGAACGGAGCAACGUGCAAGAACACUCCAGGUGGAUACAGUUGCAUAUGUGCCAGCGGUUGGCAGGGAAUUCAUUGCAACAGUCGAAACAAGGACUGUAUGACUUCGGGAAGCGAACUGUGUGGACAUGGAACCUGUGUUCAAACGAAGGAAGAUCCUGGUUUCAAGUGUAUUUGUGAGCAAGGCUGGAAAACUAAUGGGGUAACUCCUGCCUGUACGAUCGAUGUAGAUGAAUGCACAGAUUCGAGGCCGCAUUGUUCGAAGGACCCCGAAGUCAGCUGUAUUAAUCUUCCGGGGUCAUUUGUGUGUGGCGGAUGUCCACCGGGGUAUUCUGGGAAUGGAUUCUACUGUGUGGAUAUAGAUGAGUGUGAAAUAAACAAUGGUGGGUGUAGUACUUCUCCAUCCGUAACGUGUAUAAAUUUACGAGGUUCAUCUAAAUGCGGCAAUUGCCCACCUGGGUAUACAGGAGAUGGAAAAAUAUGUGAACAAAGAGGAAGCAGAUGUACCCCAGGCAUGUGUCACCCUCUGGCACGUUGCGUUGAUUAUCCCAGCGGAAUAAACUGCAUUUGUCCUUCUGGUUACCAGGGGUCCGGUUUUGGUCCCUCGGGUUGCCUUAGGACACCUGUCAACCCAUGUCUUUUCAAUCCUUGCCGAAAUGGUGGAACCUGUACAGCGGUUGGUAAUAACUACACCUGCACUUGUCCGCAGGGAACGGCACUUCCAAACUGUAUGAAGUUGAUCAAUUCUUGUGUUCCGAAUCCUUGCAUGAAUGGUGGAACUUGUACUCCGGUUUUGGAUAGGUUCGUAUGCUCCUGCCCCAGUGGGUAUACCGGACAGCGAUGCCAGGGAGCGGCACGAGCCUGUGGAGGAAUUUUGGAUUCACACUCCGGAAUUUUGAAACAUCCUAUCGAUAAUGGAACGUACAAUCACAACGCUCGAUGUGCGUGGUUGAUCAAGACAAAUCACACUAAAGUGUUGAAUAUAACCUUCAGUCAGUUCAACGUGGAAAACGCAGUUUCGACCGGAGAAUGUAAAUUUGACUGGUUGCAGAUCCAUGAUGGCAGGACAUCUGCAGCACAUGUCAUUGGUAGAUUUUGCGGAAACACUCUACCUCGGGGUGGUAACAUAAUCUCGACCCAUAACGUUAUAUACCUGUGGUUCCGAUCGGACAACAGCACAGCUCACGAUGGUUUUGAGCUACGAUGGGACAGCAUUGAUCCGGUGUGUGGAGGGGAAAUUGCCAUCAAGAGUCAUGGGGUGUUGACGUCGCCCGGAUCACCUGGAUCAUAUCCGCCGAAUCGGGAUUGCAAAUGGUUCCUCACGGCACCUCCGGGAAAACGCAUCCAGUUUCACUUUUUCACAAUGAAAAUCGAGGCACACAAUAGCUGCGAGUAUGAUUUCCUGCAAAUUAAUGACGGUGUGCGAGAUGAGUCGACAAUGUUGGUUAAAUUCUGUAACACUACUCAUCCGGAGCCGCUGGUGACACCGAGCAACGAAGCUACCGUAUAUUUUCAUUCGGAUGAAGACAGUAACGAUGCAGGUUUUCAAAUAAGUUAUGCGGUAAUCGAAGGUAUUCCUGGAUGCGGUGGAAUUUUUACAAAAACUGAGGGAGAGAUCAGCUCUCCAAGGCGCAACGAGGACAAUUUUUAUCCGCACAACUUGAACUGCGAAUAUUUAAUACAACUGCCAGCAGAAACUAAAAUCGAAAUAAAGUUUAAUCGUUUCCAUUUGGAGGCAAGUGAUUCCUGUAAAUUUGACUACGUAGCAGUGUUUGACGGUCGCACAGUCGAUGCGCCAAGCCUUGGGAAGUUUUGUGGUGAUCGAAUUCCAGCAGAAAUUACUUCCUCCUCCAACAAUCUAUUGUUGUUGUUCAGAUCUGAUUGGUCAACCUCUCAUGGAGGAUUCUCAAUAUCUUACAAAGUUAGAUGUGGAGGAGUUAUCACGGAUCCGAAUACGGAAAUCGUUAGCCCUGGUUACCCGAGGGCUUAUGGAUCCAACCAACUGUGUGACUAUUUGAUCCAAGGUCCUGUAGGGAAAGCGAUUAAGUUGGAUUUCUCUGACUUCGAUAUCGAAGGAAAUUCUUUUCCAAAUUGUGAUUUGGAUUAUGUUGCGAUUUACGAUGGUUAUGAAGAGAAUAACAACACACGGAUAGGCAAAUACUGUAGCGCCAAAACGCCACCUCAAGCAUUGUCCACGCUGAACGUUAUGUUGCUUCGCUUUGUCUCAGACGUUUCAAUAAAUGGUCGCGGAUUUAAGGCAAAUUUUUCGUUUGUUGAUGUUGCUUGCGGAGGCAUUCUAAAAUCGGACGAUAUAACGAUCAGAAUCGAUCAGGGAACUUACCUGCCUGAUACGGACUGCCGGUGGGUGAUUGUAGCACCUAAAACGCAUGCCGUUCAACUGUCGUGGAAUAGUUUCGAGCUGGAGAAAAGUAGCAACUGCUUGUACGACUUUGUGGAGAUUUACGAUAAUUCGACCAAAGGAAAUAGUAGCUUCGUUGGUCGUUAUUGUGGAACGACUAAGCCUCCGGCGAUAACGAGUGCAGGCAACAUUGUCACCAUCCGGUUCCGGACGGACAGCUCCAACGCCAAGGAUGGAUUUGUUUUAUCAUUUUCGUUUAUAGAUGUUCAAAAAAUGUGUGGAGGAAAUUUCUUCACCAGCACCGGAAUCAUCAAAUCGCCAGGAUUCCCGGGUGAAUACACCGCUAGCAAGGUGUGCGAGUGGACUAUCACGGUACCAAUGGGACAGCAGAUUCGCCUGGACGUGAAAAGCUUCACCAUGGAGAAGCAUUCGAAUUGUCGCUUCGAUGGCUUGGAAAUCAGAAACGGAGGAACGGCCAACUCACCGCUAAUUGGAAAGUAUUGUGGAACGGAUGAGUUUGAUGGUAUUACCUCGUUUGGGAAUAAAUUGUAUCUGAAGUUUUAUUCAGACGCUUCGAGAAAUUAUGCCGGGUUUGAAAUUGAAUGGGACGGUACAGCCACCGGAUGUGGAGGAGUGUUGACUUCUCCAAGAGGAUCGAUCAUUUCUCCGAAUUAUCCGGAACCAUACGGAAACAGAGCUCAGUGUACUUGGAGGAUAAGUGUUAGCGAAGGGUCCGCAGUUCAUAUUGUCUUCAGUGAUUUGGAACUUGAGAGUCACCCCAACUGUCGAUACGAUUAUUUAGAGGUAUUUGAUGGGAAGGACGUUUCGAGUAAAAGCAUGGGACGCUAUUGCACAGCAGAUACUGAUCCAAUUCAAUUGGACACAUCCACAAACCAUGCUUUGGUAAAGAUGCGCACUGAUGACACCAACCAUGGACGCGGAUUCCACUUGAAGUAUAACAUUGUAUGCAAACGAAACCUUACCGGCUUCAGUGGUGUUAUUGAGUCCCCAAAUUUCCCAAACAAGUAUUCUCCUGGAUCGGAUUGUUUAUGGACUAUAACCGUCCCACGUGGGAAUAAAAUUGAUCUAGAGUUUUCGCAUUUCGAACUGGAAAACGGCAUGACUUUCGACAAGAACAUGUCACACGUGUGUCACUUCGAUUAUGUUGAGAUCAUCGAGACCAAAGGCGAAUCGACCAUCUCGCGUAAAUACUGCAAUCACAUGCCAGCCAAGAUGACCUCAAAGGGAUCGUCCAUAUCGGUGGCCUUCCGUACCGAUACCAGUGGGGAAACGAGUGGCUUCCGGCUGGAAUGGCAAAUCAACGGAUGUGGUGGAAUUCUGACGAAGCCUGUUGGAACAUUUUCAACCCCCAACUAUCCCAACGAGUAUCCGGUUAGCACUCAUUGUCAUUGGACCAUUUCAAUGCCCGUGGGAUAUGUCGUUGAAGUUAUGAUUCAAGACUUCAACAUGGAAGCAUCCGGUACCUGUCGGUAUGAUGGAUUAGCCUUUUCAAAUACCGAGGACUUUAGUCAAGUGAUAACGGAGUUCUGCCACACACAGAGAGAACCGGUAAAGUUGAUCAGUAGCGGCCACAUGUUGUAUGCAAAGUUCUUCAGCGACCAAACUUACACGUACAAAGGAUUUACAGCGACGUAUCGCAUGUUGCCAGCAAAAUGCGGUGGCUUGAUAACCUCUCACCAGGGUGUCGUGUAUUCUCCAAACUAUCCACGAAACUACCCCAGCAACAGUUCGUGUGAAUGGACAAUCCAAACGAAUCCGGCCCACACGUUGCAGCUAACGUUUGAGGAUAUUGGCAUCGUACGUAGUGACAACUGCACCAAGGACUACGUGAAGGUAUACGACGGUCCCAUCCGGGACGAGAGUAAGCUGCUGAUGACUAUUUGCGAUAGUGAAGCCAACGUAACGUCCGCAAUUUCCUCCGGAUACCGAAUGUUGGUGGUGUUCCAAUCCGACGAAGCCUUGGAGGCGAAAGGAUUCCGGGCUAACUUCACAACGAAUUGUGGUGCCAAGAUCAACGUUACCCAGUCGGGUAUAAUUUCGUUGGAAAAUACCUUUACCAUCAGAUCGGAAAACUGCACCUGGAUACUGAUGGCAGAGCAGCUCACCCAACACAUCACACUGCAGGUGAUGCACAUGAAUGUCGUCGAGGUGGAGGGAAAUUGUUUAGCCAAUCUCACAAUUCAUGAUGGAGAUUCGAUUGAAGCGCCGAUCCGAUAUGCUGGCUGUGGUAGCAAAAGUCCUCCUGCCCUGGUUAGUAACGGAAACUCGCUGACGAUUCACAUCACAUCGGAAGAUUUCAAUUUGUUCAGCCUCCUGGGAACACAGUUUGUGGCCAGUUACACAACUUUGGAGAACGCAUGUGGAGGAACGCUGACGUCCUUCGCUGGGGAAUUUGCCUCUCCUAACUAUCCUAACACGUACCCACUCAACGUGGAGUGCGUAUGGCAGCUGACGGCUUCACCGGGCAACUCGCUACAGCUGUACAUGGAAUCGCUAAACAUUCCACCCUCGGACGACUGCAACAGUGACUAUUUGGAGAUUCGCGAAGAAUCGGGCAGUGGCAAACUGAUAGGUGACUAUUGCGGUGACAAUCCUGCCAUUAAUCUGACGUCCUCGAACAGUUUUUGGGUCAAGCUGAAAACGAGCAACCAAAAUGUUGGCAAAGGUUUUCUCGCUAGCUAUUCUUACGACAAUUUCAAUGAAAUCACUGGAAGAAGUGGAGUUAUCACAUCUCCUCUGUACCCUCGAGAUUACGCCAGGUCAGAAGUCCACACUUGGAGGGUUAUUGUCGACGUUGGUUCAAUAAUUGCCAUGAAAUUCAGUGUUUUCGAGAUCGAUGUGAGGUAUUUGGAGUCAUGUGAAGGGCAAUUGGAGAUAUACGAUGGAUACGAUGAUAGUGCGGAGCCCCUGCAUGAAGAACUGUGUGGACUCUCAGCUCCAGAGCCUUUCAAAUCAACGUCCAAUGUAAUUUUCAUGCGCCUUGACCACACGGAUUCAAACGGGCCAUCAAAAUUUAUGCUCAAGUGGGAACAAAUUGGUAAACAGUCGGAGCAACCAGAACCCGUUAGCGAUGAUGAGCAGCACUGUGGUGGACAUCAGGUCAUAGCGCUGUCGAGGAACAUGACGUCUUUUGACCUUAUUUCACCGGGUUAUCCUACGGGCUAUAGAACAAAUUUGAACUGCAGUUGGAUUUUCCAGUCAGCAUUCAACACACAUCAUCCAGUUCUCAAGCUUAGCUAUGUUGAUUUAGACGAAACCGAUGCCUGUUUGUCGGAUUAUCUGGAAAUCUCUACUUCACAGGACAUGUUUACUUGGUCUACUCCUGAGCGUAUUUGUACCUUUGGACUAGGUGUUAAAUCUGAGUUUCACGGAAAGCCUUUUCUAAAAGUUCAAUUUAAAACCGAUUAUUUUACGAACCGAACGGGAUUCACAGGUGUUGUGGAUUUGCUAUGUGGGGGCUACAUAACGGAACCAAACGGAGUCAUUGAAGUUCCAUAUGUCAUCAAUGAAACGGCGUCAAAACGACCGGAAAUGAACUGCAUGUGGAAUAUAACGGUUAGACCUGGAAGAAUAAUCGAAUUCAAGUUUGAGUCUAUCAAGAUAGAAAGGACACAACCUGGCCCUUGGGCAGGAUUUGUUGUAAUCAAGAACGGUAUUGACGAAUUCUCACCAUUGCUAGGUACAUUCAGUGGUUCUGAAAUCCCACCGAGGGUCAAUACGUCCAGUAAUAGAGCAUUUGUUAAGUUUAGCAGUGGAUUUGAUAUCAAUAAUCAAUUUAAAUUAGUUUAUCGGGAGAUUGGAUUGCAAUGUGGUGGCAGGAUAAUUCUUCAGAGAACCAACUCAACUGUGAUAACAUCUCCGAACUUCCCAGAGGUUCCGCAUCCACACAGUGAAUGUGUUUGGACUAUAAUGGCCCCUGCAGGAGAAACUAUGAAGUUCGAGUUCGAGCAAUUCACCUUAAAAUACUCUUCAAUGUGUAGCAUUGAGUACGUUGAACUGAGAGAUGGUGGAACAUCUAGUUCGGCACUAAUGGCGAAAUCAUGCGGUUCCGAGAGCAUAGCAUCGCGACUAACAACGUCGAAUAUGCUGCGGAUACGUUACUUCACCGAUGUCACUGAUCCUGGUAACGGAUUCAAGCUUCGGGUAACGAUUUCUCAAUGCGGUGGAAGCUUGCAUACUCCUAAGGGAACAAUUUACUCGAGAAAUUACCCAAUUCCAGGUGGGUACCCCACGAAUACUGUGUGCGAAUAUUACAUUUUAGGAAGAAUCAACACAAUUUUAAACAUCACCUUCCAAGAUUUCCAUCUUCCAACGAAUCCUAACUGUUCCUUGACAGAUAACGUCAAAAUAUACUCUUUAAUACCGGGAGAAAACGCGACGUCCGAACUAUUGGGAACCUAUUGUGGUUCCGAGAUACCGUCCUCGAUAUUGAGCGAAAAUAAUCAGGUCAAAAUCGUGUUUACGACAUUCAAUCCGCUGGGUGUGUACCGAGGUUUUAAGUUAUCAUAUGUUGCGACACCCGAUCAGUGCGGAAGUGAGAUCAUCGCUCCGUCCGGGGAUAUUGUAUGUCCCGGCUAUCCUGAUAGCUGCCUCAAGCUAAAGAAGUUCUGCGAAUGGAAGAUCACGGCACCGAUUGGACGGAGAGUAAAAAUAGAAUUUUUAGAUUUGGACUUUGCUACCGCAGCUAGUUAUCAGCAACGGCUUGGAUUCUAUCACGGUUUCGACUUUUCCUCCAGAAUACAGUUUGUCAUGGGAAACUACGAUAAGAAGGCAAUUUAUUCAAGUGGUAAUCAGAUGAUGAUUAACUUUUGGUCAAGGCUUACAUCCUCAAACAGAGGAUUCAAGUUGCAUUUCUCUAGUGAUGAACCCUCUCUGUGCGUUGGCAGCUUGGAUAACGACCAAGGUAUAAUAGCGACCCCCAUCAACCAAACUAGCUAUUCCUGUGAGUACAAAAGAUCAUCGACGGUGUUUGCAGAAAUAGACGGUCACAAAGUGGGAACCAUGGCUUUGUAUUUUGAAGAAAUCAAAGCCGGUAAUUACCAGAGUGCAUGUUCGUACAAUCACAACAGCCGAGGAAUAUUUGUGAGACGUAACGCUGCAACAAACGAUCGCAAUGGACUUCUUAGGAAGUACUGUGGCAAUGGCACAAAGAGUGAUUUGGUAAGGUCUCCUUUCCCAGAUAUUUCAAUCGUAGCCAGACAGGGGGCCUAUCUUGGUGAAGUGAGAUUUAAAUUAAACUAUCAAGUGCACAACUGUGGAGGUAUCUUUGGAAAUAGCCUGAAGAACAUUACGCGACCUUAUCUCGGUAACACCAAAGGACCAUUGGAUUGUGCCUGGUAUCUGGAUUAUCCAGAAAAUACCUUAAUCAACAUAGAGUUUGUGAAUUUCAAUUUAAACCAAUCAUGUGAAGACGAAUACCUGCUGAUAUACAAUGGACCAUCGACGACGAGUCCGCUGCUAGGAACUUUCUGUAAAGGAACUGGAGUUGAAACCAUUGCAACGCAAGGUCGGUACGCAUUUAUUGAGUAUCACUCUCAAAAUUAUAACUCAAGCGGAAAUUUCGAACUGAAACUUGAUCAAAUGGUGUCCGGGUGUGGAGGAACACUUCACAAGAGCGUCGACAUUAUAAACUCUCCAAACGUGGGUGGCAAAUAUCAGCCUAACACGGAAUGCAUUUGGACGCUUCAGGCUGACAAUGGUUUUCACAUUGGAGCGUACUUUAUCGGGAGAUACAAUUUGCAAAAAAGUGAAAACUGCUCAAAAGAUUAUUUGGAAUUUUUCGACCGCGUUCGGGACAAGUGGGUUAGUUUGGGACGUGUUUGUGGAAAAGAGACACCGAAAGUAUUUAACUCAACGGGAUCUUUACUGAGAGUCGUUUUCCGCACCGAUGAUCUGGUCGAAGGCGAUGGGUUCACUCUUAAAUGGGAGCAAAAUUGUGGAGGCAUUUACAAUGUCGAUGGAAUAGGAGGAGUGAUGGUGAGCCCCAACUACCCUAUGAACUAUAAUCGUAUGAUGGUGUGCAAUUACACAUUUGUGGCAGCGGAAAAGGAUUCUUAUAUAAGUUUGAAUUUCUUGGAUUUCUCUCUUGAAGAUGGAGCUCAGACCUCGAUAUGUCUCUACGAUAACAUUACAAUUUACAAGCAACUAGAAUAUUAUGAACCAGUGCAGUGGGAGAAGGUUGCCACCUAUUGUAAGAAAGAUUCGCCCGGAAGACUUCGGCACAAAACCCGAAUAGCUGUAAUAUUCAAGAGUGACCGAUGGCUGGAGGCUCGUGGUUUUAAAUUCGAAUAUAAGAUGGACACGUGUGGGGGCACAAUAACUGAGUCCAAACGAAUCGAAUCGCCAAACCUUACGGGAAAUACCCAGACCGGUUACAAUAAUGCCAUAAACUGCAUUUGGAAUAUCACUAUUCCUUCGGGCAAAAAAGUGGUCGUUCGAUUUGAGGAUCUGGAAAUAGAACACUCUGAAGGGUGCUAUUUUGAUACCAUUGAAGUAUACAAAGGACUGGAGCGCAAGCCGGAAGAUAAACUGGUCUCACUCUGUGGCAAUCUCACAGCUCACGCGCCUGCAGUUAGCAUAACCGGAGGUCACGGCGCCAUUUAUUUCAAAUCUGAGCAGUACACCACAGUCACAAACCCUCGGUUUUCGGCAUUGGUAUUUUUCGUCGAUGAUUGUGAUCGCCAAGUUACUCUCGAUUCAAAAAAUCCAACGUACAACCUUAACGUUCUGGGUAGCAACAAUAAGAAGCUGCAGGAUUGUCAGUACAUCAUCAAGGCACCGGAUGGAUAUGGGCUACAAAUCAAUUUCGACCAAUUCCACUUGGGAUCAACACGAAAUGUAACAGAUUGUUCAGAUAAUUUUGUUGAAAUUCGUGACGGAUCGGGACCAUUUGCUGAGCUGGUUGGCAAGUACUGUGGAUUCGUGAUGCCCCCUCUGACCAAUACUUUCACCACAUCAAUGUUCGUACGUUUGGUGACCGAUUCAUAUCUGAAGGGGACUGGUUUCGCUGCUACGAUUUCACUGGUCGAAUCCCCGUGUGGCAUUGGCUAUUACAAUUUGACCGAAAAACGGGAACAGGAAUUGAAGAGUCCUAACUUUGGGAUUGGGAAUUACCCUCCCAACAAUCGGUGUAUGUGGCUGCUUGAAGUGUACGCUGGAAAGACAAUCGAGAUCGAAUUCCACAAUUUCCAACUACAGGCAUACAACAACGAACAGGAAAAAUGUCCUGAUAAGCUGGAAAUUUUCGAUGCAAACGUUAAAUCAUUCAUCUAUGAGGGUCUUGGAGAAGAUGUUGUGUUCCGCGGAAGUUCAUCUCAUGCAAUUAAAUCGUCGUUUUAUCAUGGAACCAGAAAUCCAAACUCACAUCACAUUUAUUGCGGACGUUCGGAGCUUCCGGCUACCUAUCAUUCGUCUUCAAGCAAAAUCUACGUAAAGUUUGAAAGUGACGCCUCGAUUGACGAUCGAGGUUUCAAAUUGACGGCUCGUCAAACGGAUGUCUGUGCUAGAAACUAUACCCGGCUCCAGGGACGCAUCAACAGCAACUACAUGACCCGUUACGAGAAGUGUACGGUAACGAUCCAGGUUCCGAAGAACUACACAAUUUCGCUGUACUUUGGCCUUUUCUACACCCACACGACGGAUUGCAACGAAGAGGGCGUUAAGAUCUACGACGGAUUGGACACGGAGAAUGAGAUUGCGGCAUUGUGUGGCUUUGCGAUGCCUGGUCCCAUAUUCAGUACCGGAAACGUUUUAAGGAUUGAUCUGCCGAAAUCGAAGACUGAAUAUGCUACCACAGUGUUUGAUGCAACGUUUGUGGCCACCGACAAAGGCCGAGGUUGUGGCGGGGAGAUAUUCAACUACGGUGGACAAUUCAGUAGUCCUCUGUAUCCGAACAACAAUCGAACCCGCAUGGAAUGCCUAUGGACGGUUACGGUUCCGACCAACAUGUAUAUCGCAUUGAAAUUUGAUAUAUUUGAUAUGGGCAGCAAGAAUACUUGCAACACUGACUACGUCCAGCUGAUAGAAGUAAGCGGGGAAGAAAAGAAAGUGAUCCGGCAACACUGCGGAGGUGACACUCCGGCCGUUUUCAUUGGCAAAAGCAGCGUGAUUCAGGUCCUCUAUAAGCAGACACAAAACUUCGGAGGCACUGGCUGGCAGGCUAAGUUCAUGGCCAUCGAGAAGGGAGCUACAGUCAAUGAUUGGUAGACGAGUUGUUUGUAGUAUUAAAUAUUUAUUUCCUUAAUCAUUAAACAAAACAAUUUAGUAUUGUAACUAUAAAAUCGAAUAUUCGAAUUUAUACUACACAGCUUACUAACAAUCAAUUCAAUAAAG